AUGGCAGACGAAAUAUCUCUCGCCAGACAUGAUGUUGUUGCUGAUGGUGAUCUAGAUGUUAGUAUUUCCAAUUUCAGCGUUGUAACAUCCUACAACUGGCUGGACGCCUACACACCUACGAUCCUUGUGCCGGGAAUCCCUCCGCUGUGGUCACCACCAUCGACUCCGAUCCCUAUCACUCGAGACAAAGGUCCCCGUUACGUCGAUGAGAACACAGAUCGUAAUCCAGGAUCACCUCAUGAAGCAACUGUCGCCGCUAUAUCUGCCACACGUGCGGACUUCGACUUUCAUGCUGUAGACAUUAUCACAGACCGACGCCCCCUUAGACAAAUCCUUCGAUUCCUGAAUGGUGAAUAUGUUCACCCCGAACAUGGACACACUACCGCCUUUGAGCUCGGCUUAGAGUUGAUCGGAAACACCGUCCUCAUUCGGAGGAUUGAGCGGACGCGUGAUCCUCUUAUACAAAAUAAAAAAGAUUAUCGCCGCAGCUUUGAAGGCAACUAUCUCAAAAUGCCAACAUAUGCAGCUGAAAGCACAUCGCACCAUCGGAUACUACGCUACAACUUUGGCUCUCUGAAACUGCUCGUUCGCUAUGCUGCUGACGCAUACUUGAACCCGAAGCCAACGCCUCCAGACGACGCUCUCGACGAUCUUGUUGGGAUAUUAAAAGCAGCAUCCCUGGAUAGACGACAGCCUUCAGCCAAGAAUGCCUGGCUCAACCGUGUCUCUAUCCUCAAGCAAGGACAAAAAAUUCCCCAAGCUGCAACACUGGAGCUCAGCACACGCAGUGACUAUUCAGAAUUCGAUUUGCAAGACCGCAUGCCGGACUUCUGGCUCAGCCAAACACAUCAUUUCAUGCUCUGUGGAUACAAAGCAGCCCCGUGCUCCAAGGCUCUGUUCUACAACCUCCAACAAACCGAUCUGGCGCCGAAAAUCACGAAAUGGGAGCAAGCCAACAAAUCGCUACUACAAAAGCUUGCGACAUUGCUGAAGAAGGUAAUUGGUAUCAUCAAGACGAACGGCGGCGGACACUGGACCAUCAGCUUUUCGGGAGAAGAAGACGCACCUCUAUUGAUCAAACGAGGAGGAGGCGAGAAUGGG